CUCUCCGGCGUUGAGUUUCGAACGUGAUUUGUAUCUUUGUAUCUGCGCUGCUCGAAUCGCUGCCGGCGUCGACGUCGGCGUCGCCGUUGAACUUCUUGGUUCGGAAAUUUCUUUUCGUGUUGCGCCUGCGCACAGUUGGCUUUCUAUCGUUGACGUCUGCGGAUUUGUGCGCACGUUUCUGCGUUUUUUUCGAUUCGAUUCGCGGUUCGGUUCGAUUUGAUUGUGGACGUGGACUUAUUCCUCCUCUUCGCACACACAUAUACACAAAAAAAAAAAAAACGAACACAGAUACAGUGGCGAACAUGUGAAGUGGCAAUAAUCGAAAGAGCAAGCAACAGAAAUUAGAACAAACCCACAGCAAAAAUACAAAAGAAAGAAAGAAAAAAUUUUACUAUGUUUAAAAUGCGGCUAAAAAAUUGUGAAAAUGGUUGACAAAAAGUUAAAGAAAUUGUCAAAUACAUUCCAAAUCCGACAACUACAAAAUUCCCAACAAAGUGCUAAGUGAAGAAAAACAGUGCAAUACAAAGGAAAUACGCUUAACAAAAAGUUAAAAUUCAAAACAAAUACAAAACAAAAUAUCCAAACUAAAUAAAUAUUAUUACACAUGCUAAAUACUCCCAAAAAACGCUGUUGUAAAUAUUUUAACCCGGAAAUCAGCUGCGUUGACCCAUUGUAUAUACUGCAAAAACAAAAGUAUCCAAUAAAAGCCAAGAGUAUUGGAAAGCAAUCUAAAUUAAACCACUACCCAUUACGGAACUAUCAUCCCGAAUUGCAAGGUUGCAAUUUAUAUCUAUAUCCCACACAUAAUAAACAAUCUACUCGUACUACUACCCGUUCAUUAUUUUAUGCAUAGUUUUAUGUCUUCCUCCCAUUGUUUUUGAUUUUUAAUUACACCCCAAGGAUUGUUAAAUAUAAACUGAACACGGAUUAUCGCAAACAAAAACUCAAGCGGAAAACUCCAGCAAAAAACUGCCAAAAGACGUUGAUACAUUUUAGAAUAUAUUUUUCAAAAUGUCAAUUAGCUGAAGCUGCAAUUUCGUAACACUAAAACUUGGUCCUUGGAUAGCGUUGGAUCUUUUAACCCUCGGAUCGCCGGAAGAUUCGCCUCGAUCGCCUGGGUCCACUGACAAUGAAGUUUUGCAGCAUGAACGGCCCAAGUGAAUCGGAAGUUGAGAGCCUGCUGAUGAGUCCCUGCUGGGGACCGCCCCAGACGUCCGCCCAGGAUCAGUACCUGCUCGACGGGCACAAGCUGCUGCUGGAGCACGACCUGGAUUCGCUGCCCAGCGAUGCGGACCAGAAGAACUCGCUGGAUGUGCUGGACAAUCUGCUGCUGAACGGAUCGUCGCUGAACGCGCUGUCGGAUCUGAAGCCCCUGCCGCCCUUCACCGGCUACACGGGCCACCUGUCCAUCAAUGGGAUCUCCGGCCACCAUUACCAUGCCAUUGCCCAAAGGCUGCCGGAUGAGAGCAAUAAUAACUACAUGCAGAGUGCCUACCAUGCCCAGAACCAAUCGAAUGCCACGCAAUCGAACGGGGGCAGCAACAGCAACUCCAAUUCCAAUGAGCACAACAUAGUCUCCUCCUCCACCUGCUUGCCCGAAAGUGUCCUGAGUGGGAGUGGCGGCGGAGGAGGCGGUGGCGGAGGCGGAGGCGGAGGAGGCGGAGGAGGCGGAGGCAACGAUGCCUGCCUAGCGGAUGUCAAGCUCUUCGCCGAUAGUCAACUAGAUUCUAAGCUUUACUCCGUGGCCGAUAGCUGUGUGAUGAACGGAUCGUCGGGGUCGUCGGCGAACGGCAAUGGAGCCGGUCCAAGCAUAGCCACACUAACGCCCAUCGAUCAGGUGGCCGAUUCCCUGCACAACUCGGGUGUUCGCAUCUACAAGGACCUGACGGAGUAUGUGGACAUGAACUCCAUCGAUGAUAUAGCCGCCAUUAUUGGGUCCGCCAUUGCGGAUACCACGGUGCCCAAUCAGCUGGACAAGGAUGACAACAACGACACGCGGGACAGCUGGAUGGAUCUGGAUGCGUGGAUCGAUGGCAAUUGCAUACAGCAGGAGUCGGCCAAGGUGCUGGUCUCGCAACAGGAUUCACUGGGCGACUUCAUGCUGCCGCACAGUCCACUGCCCAUGCAUGCCAAUAGCUCGACGCUGCAGAGUUUGCUGAGCCACGGCUAUAUGCCGCUGCUGCAGAAUCGCCUGCAGAAUGGUCCGCCAAAUGUUAACUCCUCGGGAGGAGGAGGAGGAUCGAAUCCCGGAGCGGGGAUCAAGGGGGAUCCCCAGGCGCCCACAUCUACCUCGUACUGCAACGAACUGGCGGCGGCCACCAGCAGCAGUUGCAGUCCGCCCGGUUCGGUGGUCAGCACCACGGACAACCCGAACGGGCUGAUGAUCAAUCCGCGCUACCUGAGCAACCCAACCAGCAAUCAGGCGACGGGGAAUCCCCAUCAGCAUGGUGGCUACACCAUGCAAAACUCUGGCCUAUCUCUCAAGGAUAAUGGCCUGUGUUCGCCGGAUCUACUGGGCAAUUAUCCCCAUACGACAACGGCCAGCACGACGGGUUCGGAGCUGCGAACUGGAGCGCCCAAGGCCAAGAGAUCCCGAUCCCAAAAGAAGUCCAACCAGCAGCAGCAGCAGCAGCAGCAACAGCAGCAGCAACAACAACAGCAGCAGGGCGAGGGCGGUGGACCGCCCACAACGCCCCAAAUGAGCGCCAUUUCCCCGUCCGGUUUUAGCGCCAGUGAUCUAAGUGGCCUGCUCGGCAAAGAGAAGCCCGUGCAUCGAUGCAGCAUCUGCAAUCGGGGAUUCCUCAACAAGUCCAACAUCAAGGUGCAUCUGCGCACCCACACCGGCGAAAAACCCUUCCGCUGCGAUGUCUGCGCCAAGGCCUUUCGCCAGAAGGCGCACCUGCUCAAACAUCAACAGAUACACAAGAGAAUUGGGCGUGACUGACGCUCCUCCACGAGCUUUAUGUUAUAGCCGAACAACCAGUAGCAUCUAACAGGGAGCACUUCCAUUACCAGCACAGAAAAAUUAGGUUCUAUACAUUUAUUUUCAAAUCAAAUUUGGUGGAAUUGAAGUUGGUUAAAGCUCUGCUUUCCACAGAACUAUCAGGUAUAGUUUCAUGGAAAGUAUACAUUUUAUACUUAACAAAUCCGCCAAAUUGUUGAACAAAUUUAAACUGCAAAAUUUCAAUCAUACCUUUUUUUUCAUAUCACACAAAUUGCCUGCCUCAAUAGUUUCAGAAAUUUUGUUUAAAUAUAAAAACAAUAGACCAAAGAAAUCUCUUGAAAAUUUGCCCUAAAAAUACAUAUUUUUCAGGUGAUUUCAUAUUACAUAUUGUUUUCAUAUCAAUCAAGAAUUAGGCAAGGAUUGAUAUUUUUUAAGUUUGUUCAAGUUCUGAUAUUUUUCUGUGAGGGAUGAUUCCCGCCUCAAUUUGGUAAAUUGGGUGCUGGAUGGAUUUUCCCUGCUUUCUUUGUGUGCGUGUGUGCCAGUGCUUGGCCACGACAAUGUCCAAGUAUCGUUAAGAUCUCGGGGAUUGUCCAGCCUAUAUAUAAACAGCAUAUUUAGUACAAUGCCAGCAAGGUCACGCAGUGGCAUACACACACUUUUGAUAUUCGUUGUUGUUGGUUGCUUUUGAUCUCUUCGUUUAUUCGUAAAUUGUGAAAAGUAGAUGGUUAGAAAAAUGCAGAACAGUAUAUUUAAAAGCUGUAAAAACUUUUUUGUAGUUAAGUGUUUCACAAUUUUCUUAAAAAUAUUUUUUUUUUUUAAAUACAUUUAUUUUCUGUAGUACCAAAGUUUUAAUUGACUAAAUUGAUUUCUACUUCUAAUCCAGUUCAAUCAAUAAUUGCUUUAAGCAGUAAACAUUUUGGACCAUUAUAUAUCCAAAAAGUUUACUUGUAAAAGGUUAACUUAACAUCAACCUACUACCUCCAACCAAGAAAAUGAAAUUUUGAGCAGUUUAAGGACCACUUUAUGGUUUAUCAUAUCGAGUUAUUAUCAUCAGAGACAGCGAAAAUCCAAAGAGACCACAAGCAAUGUAAGAACAGCGAAGCGUCCAAUUGUCAUUCUGCAACUGUUGUUCUGUUUUGAUGCAGGGACGCGGGCUUCGAGCAAAAAAGGUCCUGGCACAGGUAAAUCGCAUCUUAUAUAACACUCUAGACAAUAAUACCCACUAAGGACGGGAAAUGAGCGAAAGUUGUAUAAAGUUCUGAAUGUUGUCUGUACCUCAUUAUGUGGAAUACUGAAAAAGUGACGCAUACAAAUUACAAUUUAAAUUAACACUAAUCAAGCAAAAGCAAUAACAAUUUUAAAUUAAUUACUUUUAAAAUGUACAAAACAAUGGAAAAAAGCGUUAUAUUUAACAAUGUCUAGAUCUAAGAAUUUGUAGCGGGCUUGGCAAAAUAUUAUUCAUAAUAAUCAAUUUGCGAAAUAUGUAACGUUGAAGGAGAUAAAUCUAAACCGAAAUCGAUGGAAAUGAUGCAAAUCGUUUAGCAAAGUACUCAAGUAAUAAACUCGAUUUAAUUUAGCCAAUAUCGUAAAGCGUUGUUAAUUUGUUUUUUAAAAAGUUUGUUGCUAAAGUUUUAACGUUAAUCUUAACCUUAAACUAUGUUCGAUAUACCCGAAAUUAUUUAUCUUUAACCAUUGGACACACUCAGCACCCGAAAAAAAACCAACAACUAAAUAAAUCAUAAACUAGUUUAAUUCUUAAUUUAAAUGUAUGUGUAAUUUCUAUAAACAAGAGACAAUAUUAAUUGUGUUAUUUUAGUUAUCGUGCAAUUUUAUUUAUUUUUACAAAAGCAAACUUGAAUUUUGUUCAACACAUUUCGAUUUGUAAAUAUUUAUUUCGUAGCUGUAAUGCCUAAUAUUUAAUUAAUUAUAUUUAAAUAAAUUCAAAUGUCAUUCAAAAUGUGCAAAA